UGGCUCGUUUUGCGGCAGGUCGCUCUCUCUCUGAAGUUCAGAAGUCACCAAAACAACAACACAUGAGCAUGACAUUUAGCAGUCAGUUAUGAAUAAAGUUAUGAUUAUAGACGAUCACAACACAGGAUCUUAGCAGAGAAAAUGGCUAGUACCAUGGUGGCCGUGGGCCUUACCCUGGCAGCAGCAGGGUUUGCAGGUCGCUAUGCAAUGCAAGCCAUGAAACAUAUGGAGCCGCAAGUGAAACACGCUCUGGAGGCAUCCAAAUCUGCAUUUGGUAGCGGAUACUACAGAGGUGGUUUUGAACCAAAGAUGACCAGGAGAGAAGCUUCACUUAUUCUUGGCGUCAGUCCUACCGCUAACAAAAACAAGAUCAGAGAGGCACACAGAAAACUGAUGAUUUUAAACCAUCCUGACCGAGGUGGAUCCCCAUAUCUAGCGACAAAAAUCAACGAGGCUAAAGAUUUACUUGACGGACAGAUGAAGAAAUAGAUCUUCAUCAAAUGUUUGAACGAGCCCUCUCUGAUGCACUUGAAUUCUUACUUGAUCAUUAAACACCAUGCUGUCAUCUGGAUCUGAUCUCC